AUGGCUGAGUCCGAAACUACGGAUUCGAAGAAAGUGGAACAUGAAACCAAUACCGGUAGGUGACUGAAAAGGUAACGGAGAGAGAGAGAAAAAAGGAAAAAUAAAGGGAAUGUAGGAAGGAUGAGGGAAUGGAGUGUUUAAUCGGUUUCAAUUUAUCGCCCGGGCAGAUGACUUGAUGAAUGCGUAGGCAAAAAGAAAGAGCUGAGCCAUGAAGCAUUCAUCUUGGUUAAAGCAUUUUUUUGUACUUUUGUGGUAAACUUAAAACCAUCUUUAUGGCGAUUUGAGACGUGAGACACAAGGCCAAAGUAUGAUUUCAAAUGGAAUUAUUGUCUGGUGAAAUGAACUAUCUUAACCCAUCAUUUUUCUCCUACCUUUACGCCCUCAGCGGAAAACGUCAAAGGAAAAAAAAGAGUGCGAAUAAAUGAGGAUCCAGUGCUCCACAUAGUUGAUGACUCUAAAAGUAGCAGGGUGGCCCGAGUGCCUUCGUUCUAUAUUGGAAAGCCGCUGGUUGAUUUUGAUGGAGGCUUUGCAAGUGUAAGUAGAACUCAGUUGUUGACAUCUAAACUUUCAGUUACGUUAAGAGGCGAGUGUACUCAGAAGUAAAUGUAUAACAGCUUAGUGGCAUGAUAUGCAUCCUUUGAUAGAGUCAUUUAUUGAAGGCAUGUGAAGGAUGUUCUUAAACAAGGUGGUGAGUAUUGACAACGAUUUUCCAGUUGGCUGUGCAAGGUUCUACCGAAUUUGGUCCCCUUGGAACCAACAAAGCCUUCUGAAGAAAGCUGCAGCUCUUUUAGCCAAAUCAGCCCCUACUCACAUUCUCAACUGAAUUGUAUAUCUAACAAAUAUUUAACUUUUGACGUUUGACCCUACCUAGCGUUUUCUUUUGGAAGAAUGUAUACGCAAGGUAGGGAACCCUUUAAUGUUUUAUUCUUUGUAUCUGGGACUUUUCAAGAAAUAUUCACUAUACCUCGGUUUUUUUCAGCGGCCUUCCAUAGACACUUUUUUGGUGGUUAGCCGUCGUGGAAAUUCCAGUGCAGAUCACGUGUUCCGAUUCAACAAAGCAAAGUCACUGUGUCUUUUUGGACCUCUAAAUCCCAUCAGGAGAUUUGCAAUUCGCCUGGUCACUAACAAGUAUCCUUUUAAACAAAGGUCAACAUAUUCUAAAAAUGUAAAUGCCAAUGUACCCUGCGAGCAGUGGUUUGUCGAGGCCGGACGCCACUAUUCGUAAUGCCAGUGUAACUCUCACUGCAGAUGUAAUAUAAAUAUAACACUUGAGCAAUCGUUCAAUGCAAGGUUGUACUUUCCAGAUCGAAGUGGAAACACCUCUGGACCGCGAAUUACGAAUGAUACUAAACACAGACCACAAUGUUUGGGCAACGCAGUUUAUUGACUAGCAGAAGAGACUCGGGAUCAAUAAAAUAAACCGCUGAGGGUGGAGUGGGCGGGGAAACGUUGACUUGCUCCUCACUGAAUGAAAGAGGCAGCUACUACUGACAGCUAAGGGGCUUGUUCUCUAUUGGUAAUUACCCAUCAUCACUUCGGGUGAUUUUGGUACUACUGUGAAUAGUGUCUAGAGUUGUUAGGCGUGUGUUCAUAUCACCGUGCCAUCCUUGUUUUACUGCCUUGGAGUUGAAUGCGUUUAAUGGAUCUAUUUAGAGGUUUUAUUAAGUGUAACCAUUCCAAUCAACCUGAUUAUUGUUCUCCUCCCUCUUUUUCCCAUAAAUCAAAACAUGAGUUUAGAUAUGACUGGUCAAAAUAAAAUAAAACGAUCCCUUUGAAUGGUACCGUAACCUUACUCAUUUACAGUUUGAAUCUGUGUUUGAAGCAGAUUAAUCUUCCUUAACUUUCAUUUUAGAUAUUUUGAGUCAUUUGUUAUUCUUACCAUUCUAAUAAACUGUGUUUUUCUCGUACUUGAAAAUCCACCCGAUGAAGCUGAGUAAGUAAACCGAAACUUAGUUACUUUUAAAACUCAGAGAUUAGCUUCUUAGUGAUAUCCACGCGAUCGCGUUCAAGUAUAUAUUGGGAAUUCAAAAUACCAAAGAAUAAUUUGCUUUUUAAUAUAGCCUGCUUAUACGACCGUUUCUCAUCUCGCAUCUCAGAAAUUCCCAGCAUUUUCAAGCAUUUUUAUUGUUGCCUUCUAACUGAAAAAAAUACCAAGUGCUACAUUUCCAUUUUUCUUGUCCUCGUCUAAUUUCUUGUUUUCCUUUGCCUGUUUUCAUGUUUGAUGCAAAUUAAAGAAUCGGGCCUGUUAUCUCUUAAAAGUUCAUGUUUAAGGCAUGACCCGAAGAGAAAAGUGAAAAGCCAAAAGCCUAAUUUGCACCAAAAAUCAGCUUUUAAAGAAUCGUAAUUUUUUGAUUUUCAAAAAAAUAUACUUUUUCAACAGCAUCAAACUUGGACACAAAAUUUAACAUAAAAACUUGUUUGGCCGCCAAAAUGUCCGUUUAAACUAUUGUUCGACAUCUAAGGCUUGAAGGUUUUUGCCGUCACGUGACAAAUAACAUCGCUUUUAAUACAAGUUGUCUUCGCGGGGUUUUUUGACGCGAAGAGAAAAGUGAAAUGUAACCACUUCCCGAAGUUUUUGAUAUGCUCCAGUAUUUUGAAACGAUUUUACCUUCACUGGAAAGCCUUUGAUCUUCUUAACAAGAUGAGGUAUAUUUUAGGGGUGGUGGCGCUGCUGUUGGCCUGUGACGUCACCAACAAUGGUCACCAUCUUGGCCGUCAACUUGGAUUUUACCGAGAAUUAGAAAUCAAACAUGUAUUUUGACCCAAAAUUGGCUUGACCACCUGCUACUUAUGCCGUCAUAUCUCGUAACCGUAGCAACUGACCAUCACUAAACUUGUCUCAAAAUGUGUGCGAGGGAUGAAUGAACAACUACUGAAAACGUUAGGUACUGAUGGAAAUAACUCACAAAAAUCUAAUCAAAAUAUAAUCAAACUACGAAGGAUAAUAGGCUUUGCAUUUUUGUGGAUGCAAUGAAAUAGAAGACGAAGUUCACUUUCUUUUUCAAUGUCCUACAAACUCUAUGAUUAGGAAUAAAUUUUACUAUAAAGUCAAGACUCUGAUUCCAAAUAUUACCUAGUUACCUAUAAACGGUUUGAUCAAUGAACUGAUGAACUCUUCUAAUUCCUUUAUCAAUAUACAGCUGAAUAUACAAUUCAUAAAAUAUAUUUCAGCUUGUUUUGAUGUUCGUGACAAAUUAUUAUCAAAGUAACGCAAUUGCCCUGUGUCGUAAUUUUGAUUCCUAAACAUAGCUUUUUCAAUACUGUAUGCGUUUGUAUGGUCACGCAAAUAAAGCUCGUUGUUUUUGUUGUAUUGUAUAGGGUAGUGGCCGUGUUUUUUGGUGUUUUAUCGCUUUUAUCUUUGUCUGGUGCAUAAGCUAAUGCUGGAGAAACGUUCUUUUUUACCAGGUACGUAUUCAGUGGAAUCUACACCAUGGAGAUGGUUAUGAAGAUUUUGUCGCGUGGAUUUAUAUUUCAUACCCACGCAUACCUUAGAGAUGGAUGGAACUGGCUUGAUUUUAUAGUAGUCCUAUUAGGGUAUGGUAUAUUUAACAGCAGAUAUAAUGAACAACGUGUUCCUUAAACAGCGGAUUUGUAGAAGACUGUAAGGCCGUGGUUGUCAUAACCUUAGGGGUGGUUUACUCGUACGGGCAUAAGCGCUGAUAACAUCUUUCUCCAGGUGAACUCCAAUAUAAAAGUGACUGGGAUGUUCAUCGUCUCGCUUAGGGGUAUAAAUUGCAUAUUUUGGUCUCACUUAAGAUGUUUGGGACCGAAAGUCACCAUUUAUAUUUGCUCGUUCAGGUAUCUCUUAGGGCUGUGCAUAACAAAAUUUACAAAAAAUGCGGUUUUGUCUGUUUUAGUAUGGUCUUCUUUAGAGGUCAGUUAACGUUUACGCUUAAGCCACACCCACGUUGGUCUCCCUUAGAGGUUUAGUUUUCACUUUCCGAUGAGCAUCCCCGUCGCUUUUAUAUCGGAGUUAGCAACUGGGCAUCUUCCACCAAUGAUAAAUUCGAAUACUUGUGUAAUAUUACAAUCUCUUAUAAUACCUAUAGAGACUCAACUAAGCCUAUUUUCAAAGAAAGUUAUCGUUCAAGAAAAAACGAGAAAAAUGUUCUUUGAGCGAUGAAAUUGACGUUGCAUGUUCAAGUUAUCACCUCUUAAAAAAACCGACUUUUGUAGAUGAAGUUUUUAUUCCCUUGUUAAGGAAGCACCAGACAGGAGAAACUUUGAUUUCUUCAGGUAUAUCACCAUGGCACCAAAUAUCGCUAACUUGACGGGAAUCAGAACAAUUAGAGUGCUUCGCGCCUUGAGGACCAUCUCUACCUUGAAAGGUAAAUGUAGGUGUGUAGCUCAAGUUACGUACAUAGUGAGAAGAUGUAUUUAAAACCCCGAUGUGGCAUAUAAAACACGUAGCAGUGACGUAGUGACAUUGUAUACUUAUAACUAAUGGGAUAUCCUUUUUACCUCAUUUGCUUUAAGGUCUCCGUGCAGUGGUGAAUACAUUAUUGUCUUCUCUGAAGCUGUUGAGUGAUGUCCUGAUUUUGUUUAUAUUCUUUCUCGGUGUCAUGGCGCUUAUUGGACUACAGCUGUUUUCUGGACAACUGAGAAACAAGUGUGUUCUUGACAUUCAGUAUGCUAAUAGUACAGAGAACAAACAGGAGCGAGCUCUAAACGAAAGUAAGACACGCAUCUGA